CGCCGCCCCCUUCCCUCUCUCCGCCGCCCGUGUCCUCUUCCCCAGCUCCGCCGCGCCGGCGACUAGGAAGCCGCGCUCCUUGCCUCGAGCGGCCAAGGAAUCUCUAUUGGAUGGGUACCCAAGAAGAUAUUCGCGGGCAAUGCCACUGGAAACUCUUGGAAUCCAACCUGAUAUUUUUAUUCUAUGUUCCAGAUGGAAUCCUCGUUGAAAGGGUGGUAGGGAGACGGCUUGAUCCUGUAAUGAGAAGAAUAUAUCGUUUGGCGUAUUCUCCACCAGAGAAUGAAGAGAUAGUUUCAAGGCUUACACAAAUAUUCGAUGAUACUGAAGAGAAGCUAUCAAGCCUGUUGGGCCGCCAACGGGCCGAAAUCAGGCACAGUGAAGGCUAUAAAGAAGGACUCGAACAACCUCUCGGCCCACCGCCUCUCCACCGUCCCCAACCCGCCGCGAACGCCAUUCGCGCCUCUCGCUCGUGCGCUGCCCCGCCCGAAUCGCGACGCGAUGGGGAAGAAGGAGGAGAAGGGAGCGAGGCUGGCCGUGAUGGACUCUGGGCGCGGCGACUCACCUUCCCCGGAGGUGGUCACCAGCAGCGAAGAGUGCGAACACUUCUGCUAUGACACAGAGGAGAUGGGUACGCUUUUAGCAAAGAUCAGGUCCUUGAAGCACGACCCAGCGUGCGAUGAUUGCUGGAACAAGGCUGCCGGAAGGAGAGCGAGAGCAGCUGGUGGCGGCAAGAAGGAUCCCCUAAAGCAAAAGCUCGAGAAAUCCAAUGCUCAUAUCAUGAUGUGCUCGGAAUGCAGCCGGUGUUUCUGCUCCGAUGUGAGGACCAAGGAAGAUGAGCCGGGGGGCCACGCCAGGCGGCACGCCCACCAGGCAGAUCACCAGGUUGCUAUGUGGAUCGACCAACCCAAUGCUGCGUACUGCUUCGAGUGUGGCUGCAGCCUGUGCCUCCAAGCGAUCGUAGAGGCUGUUGAUGAUGAGGCAGGUGGUCGUGCAUCCGGGUCAGCUGAUGGGCUUGGCUAUGUUGUCAGAGGGAUGACAAAUCUGCGAAACACAUGCUACGCGAAUGCACUGGUGCAGUGCCUCCUUGUGCUUGAUAAGCUGCGGAUGUGGAUGCUAGGACCCGAUGCCCCGACCGGGUCCAUUGGUAUGGCACUGAAGGAGCUCUUUAUGCAGACAAGGGCCGGGAAUGAUGCAGGAGCGAUGCUGAAUCUAGAGGAACUCUUGGAAAGUGUAGGCGCAUUGAAUUCAAAGUACAAAGGCCGUGAUAUGGAAGAUAGCCAAGAAUUUCUUAACUAUCUGCGUCAAGGUUUGAAUGAGGAAGAGAAACUGAAGAGGCCUCCUAACAUGCCAGGGGGUGUUCCUACAGUUGUUGAUUUUAUUUUUGGUGGUCAGCUGUCUAUUACAUAUACCUGCAAAUAUUGCCCGUAUAAUUUUGCUUCCCAUACUCUAUUCUAUGAGCUCCAACCGACACUGCCAGCAAAGGAGCAUCCAACCAAAAGUGUUGUAUCACCACAAAGGGGUCACAGAUCUCGGGGGAAAAGGCCUGCUGUUAAACGACUGUUUCCAGCAAUUGAGCAGUGUAACUCGGAGAAGGUUCAAACAAUUGCUGGUGGCGGUGAUUCUCACAUUUAUGGUACAAAAUUGGAAUUUGUGGCCAUGGAUAAGGCGCCUAAGCCUUUGGAAGUGGACUCUACUAAAGCAGAACAGAUCAGGCAAAGCAAAAAUGCUGUACAAGUUACUACAGAAGACAAGGAGAAAGCCUUGAGUAGUGAUAUUGUUUAUGAGAAGAAGGUAGAGGACAGAAACUCUCUUGCAUCAAUUAAGGACUGCCUGGCAUUUUAUUUUAAAGAAAAGGUUGUAGACUGGCGCUGUGGAAAAUGUUCCAACAAGGUUCCUGAGCAGCCAAGAACCGCCAGAAGUAAAGAUGGUGGGCAGAUGGUGGCAAGUACAGAUAAAAACAUAAAGUUGGGUAAUAGUGCACACCAAGUGGGAGAAAACCAAAAUGAGAAGAGAUACAUGAGUGGACAUGCAAUUGAAAGAACUCUUAUUAGCAAGCUGCCACCUGUAUUAACUGUUCAUUUGCUGAGAUUCGACAGGGAUAGCAAUCUUAAGCAUUUUAAAAAGAGUGGACAUGUGAGCUUUGAGGAAAAUCUUGAUCUAGGAUCAUUUGUGGACCCCAGGUCUGAGGACAAAGGUAAUUCCACCUAUAGUCUAGUUGGUGUCGUUGAGCACGUCGGAACCUUGGAUUGUGGGCACUAUGUUGCUUAUGUGAGAGCAAGCAGGAUUAGAAGUCACCAGCAGUUGAGCAGUGGCUCUUCCUCCUGGUUUCGUGCGAGCGAUCUAAACAUCAAAGAAGUCUCUCUAGAAGAAGUUCUCAAGUGCGAGGCUUUUCUUCUUUUCUAUGAGAGGAUGGAAGGUUAGGAAAUGUCUGUCAUUAUGUCCAACUAAUCAGAAUAACAAUCACAGUGGAAGCAGCUGAGUGAGACUAGCAAGCAUGCUUUGGAUGGUCCAGGAUGCAGUGUGUACAUACUAACAUAGAGUCCAUUUGUGUUGCUUUGGCAGAGUCAUUGCAGAGAUUUUGGCUUGUGUUCUUGAUCAGAUGAUCUGGUCAUGCACAUUCAUAUCAUAUCCACCUAUGGUUUUAUUGGAUGGUACUGUUACAUACUGAUGCUUCACAUUCCAUUGUGACAAACUUAGAUGCCUUGGCACCUUGAGCUUGUCCGAGAACUUUUGGGAUAGGGAAAUUGUGUGUAACAUGCUUCAGAUACUGAUGUAACAGGCUCGCUUUUUUCAACCUUGUUUUCCCCUCAAUUUAUGGUUUCAGCGGUGAUGAUUGGUUUGUGGAGGCUUUUUAUUUUGUUUCUGGAUGAUGAUCGAUAAGGAAAUUGGUUGUUGUCCAUGCUGACUUUAAUUUCUCGCGGCUUACAUGCGAGUAUUUGAAGCAAGAAAAUAUGAUUGGUGGAAUACCCUGUUUUAUUGGUGUAGGGUCAUGCUGAUUUGGGUAGCUUCCUUGGAACAAGAUCAGUGAAGGUGAAAAGGCUC